AUGCCGAGACAAUACGUCGUUUGCGGCCGGCCAGUGCCCCCGCUCGGCGCCCGCCGCCUAUCGCUCCUUUUCGUCAGCCUCGCGCUCUUCGCCGUCUUCAGCCUUGUCUUCACCUUGCCGGGCUCAACAAGCGCAAGUCUGCGGGCCGCCGCCAGCCAAAGGUUCUCCGUUCCCAAGUCACUCAAGAGCCCGUGGAUGAACAAGCUCAACCCGUUCAAGCAGCCAAUGCACCCGCCCCGCAGUCAGAAGAACGACACGGAUGGCGAGUCGGUGUGGUACGCCGACUGGAACUGGCUUCUGAUGCCCUUCAGCAGCUCCGUCACCCUCGACGAGAACCGCGCUCUUCUGCCCAUGCUCAAGGAGCGCACCCCGGUCUACUGCUAUUACGAUAACACCGUCGAGAAGGAGGAGGAUCACUCGAGCAAGGAGGCCGAGAGCGACCUGCUGCUGACCUGGCGUCGUGCGUGGUGGGCACAGGGAUUCAAACCCAUCAUUCUGGGCCCGGCCGAGGCCAUGAACAACCCCUUGUACGAGGAGCUGCAAAAGCUGCAGGGCAUGAAGCCGGCCCUGAAGACGGACCUGAUGCGGUGGCUGGCCUGGGAGAACAUGGGCGACGGCAUGCUCGCCCAGUCCCUCCUCUUCCCCAUGGGCCCGCACGACGAUCCCCUAUUGAAGUACCUCCGCCGCGCAGAGUUCCCUAGGUUGACGCGGUUCAAGGACCUGGAGGAUGGCCUGUUUAUGGGUUCCAAAAAUGAAGUCGCAGCUGCGAUCAAGGCUGCCAUGGCCAGUCCGCACAUCAAGGAGGCCGAUGGCUUUGUUGCCGCCGUGGAAUCCGACAAGAAGGACAGUCCAUUCACCGUUGAUGACGCCCCGAAAUCUCUCGCCUACUACUCAACUCGUCAGAUCCAGACCCUGUAUCCCAAGGUCGACGAGGCCAUCAAGAGCUCACGAGGGUCGGGACUUAAGAACCUCAACCAGCUCAUUACCGCACACCUUCACGUCACCUGGCAGAAUAUCUUCACCGCCGGUAUCGCCGUGGUCAAACCCCUUCCGCACCACACCACCCACCUCAUCAAGCCCGCCUACGAGCUAGCCUCGCGACUGGCCCACUGCUUAGAAUCACCCCUCCCCGACAGCUGCCCUCCCAACCGGCCGAACUGCCGGCCAUGUGACGACACGAAGCCCAUGAAGAUCACGACUCCGGCGUCCUACACCAACACAAGCACGCUCUACACGAUAGGCACCGUCCCUCAUCCCUACACCACCUCGACGCUCAACUCCCUCAAGUCCCAGAUCUCCAUCGCCUGGAUCCGCCGCGAAGCGCACCGCGACGCAUGGAUAACCUCUCUCACCUCCUCCCUCUUCGGGGACAAGGAGGUCUCCACCACGCCGCGCCUGCUCCGCUUCAAAGAAGCCGUCGCGGCGUCCGAGGACACCACCACCGGCGGCGGCGCCGCCCGCUCCCUCUGGCUGCCCGCCGAGCAGGCCAUGCCCGACGAUCUCGACUGGCACUUCGGCUUCGCCCUGCCGGACAGCGCCACCUACGCAACAGACAACCAACCUGACGCUUCUUCUUCUUCCUCUUCCACAGACGCCUCUAACACCGGUAGUAGCGGUACCAUCGUCGUCGGCGGAGGUCCGCCGCUGCACAGCGAAGAAGACGGGCCCCUCCCUUCUAAGGAAGAAAUAGCCCUCGAGCCAGCGCUCUUCUCCCGCGCCCAGAGCGUCGUGCUGCACGCGACAAAGGAAGACCUGGCCAUCCGCAACGCCAUCGAGGCCUGGAACCUAGCCGACACCGAGGCCUGGCGCUUCGCGCGCGCCUACCUCGCCCGCAAGACGGUCGAGCGGCGCAAGUGGGAGGAAGAAGAAGCCAAGUACGCGGACGGGAUGGGGUCGGAGAAGAAGUCUGCGAGGAAAAAGGGUCAGGGUCAUCAGGGUGGUCAUGCGGGAAGCGGCGGCGGUGGUGGUGCGGGGUGGGAUCGGUGGUUAGAUCGUCGUCGGGAUUGAUCUUUUUGUUCAUGCGAUCAUCAUCAUCGUCGUCGUUAUAUUUAUCAUAUCAUGGAAGGCAGAAAAGGGAAGGAGUCAUUUUGGUGGGUGGUUCCAAGAAAAGGCGUUCGUUGCAUUGUCUUGAUGAAAGUGCUCUAAGUUGUCAGUCAUGUACUGGGCAUGGCGUUAGGUUAAUUAGUAGUAUGAUGGUUUGAAAGCAUUUCCAGGUAAAAAGGACAGGUUUCCCCAGAUUCUCAAUAUCAACCAUGUGUCAAAACAGUCAAGCAAGCAAGCAUGAUGCCAAUCUACCCCCUGUUCGCUAAGGAACGUUUC